GUUUAGUGCGAGCGGGACCGGCUGGGAAGGCGUGGAGAUAGAUUAAAAAGGUGGGUUACGUCGAUGACGGUGCGUGUUGCAUGUGGACUGAAUAGAAGGAUGAUUCGAUCAUGCGCUGGAAGGACGGCGUUCGCUGUAAAUAUGCAAGUGGCACCGUCGUCGAGAGAGUCGGAGUGGCGGUCAGAGCUCGACCCGGAGCCGCAAGAAGUACGGGGAUGGAUACGACGGUUGUGGAUGACGAGGGGAAAGGGUCCGAUUGCGAAGGUUGCGGAGGGAGGAAUUAGCCGUGGGCGAGAAAGUCGGGGUGGGAGCGGACGGAUAGGGUAAUUGGGCGCGGGGUGAUGUCAUUUGCAAAAAGAUUUUCGGAUGGCGGUGCAGUUGGACGCGGUCGGGGAAGCUGUGACGCUGUGACGCGUGACGGCCCGCGUCUCCGUAUCCUCCUCUGAGCGACGCGGAGAACAGGUUGUAAGUAGCAGCCAUCUCCUUGUCGUCAUCGUCGUCUCAGUCUUUGUCCUCGUCUUUGUCGUCCUUGCCGUCGUCGUCGUCAUCGUCUUCCCACCUUUAUUACCUGCACCGCCUGCAGUGGCCUUGCCUCGCAUCCCGUGCUGGUCGCCGCCGCCGUGUAUUAUUGUGACCGAAGAGCAGGCCGGAUUUCGCGUGUGUGCUAGCGUUGUCCCCGGAGAGUGUCAGCCUGUGCGAUGGCGUCGCCGCAUGAGCCGCAGCUGGACGACGGCCUGGGCAGCGAGCUCUCCUCCGUCCUGCCCUCGCCCGCCUUCGAUGCAAACCCAGACAUCUCACACAAGGACGCCCCGUCCGACAACCACCACCACCUCCCGCACACUCCCCUGACCGUCGCUCCCAUGGACACCACACAGACCCCCAACGCCGCCCCGCCCACCGCCUUCCAAGCCGCCUUCAUGUCCCCCGACCACCACUCCCCGCCCCUCGACCUCAACAGCUCCGGCUACUCCUCCCACACCUCGUCCCCCUCCCUCCCCGGCCCCGGUCCGAACCCUGUCUUCCAAGGCAUGUCUGCCUCCCUCGCCCAUGCCUUCAACGCCAUCAUGGCCUCCUCCGCCGGCAACUCCUCUACAUUCCACAACUCCCCCUCCGACCUCGCCUUUCCCUCCGCCGCACAGCCCAACCUCUCCCCGCCUCAUCCCUCCGCAUUCCACUUCCCACCGCUAGAUCUCGACAAUCGCACACCCGCACGCGCAGAUCCCACCCCAGACGUUCCCGGAGGCCCCCAUGUCCUCGUCCUCGAAGACAUCCUGAAGAAUAUCGUCCAUACCGCCAACUCUGCGCGACAGGCGUUCCACAUGGGCCACGGCGCCCACGCAGAAUCCAAGAUCGCAGAGCUCGAAAAGACAAUGGCACAUCUCUCCACCCUCAUGGCACAUACCAGGAUCGGCGACAUUCCAAGUCCGCCCACCGACUCUUCCUCUCCGUCCAACGGACCCGCCACACGAGCUUCCCCGCCACACCUCACCCGCUCAGGCCAGAACAACGGUCCAUCGCUGAACCUCGGCGACCUCCCCUCGGGUCCUCUCGACCCGCAGUCGCUCGAGCCGCAAGAGUCCACAGAGUCCAGAAAACGUUGCGCGUCGGGCAUCGUCGGUGACAGGGCCGUCAAGGCUCUCAAGCUCGAGCCGCGGGACGAGGCCCCUACGCAGCUCACUUUUCCGUUCUCGCCUCCGCCCAGUGGCGGGUCGAACAACGCGAUGGAUCCGCCUACCACCUCCGGUUCGUUCUCUUCACAGCACCCGGGCUCUACUCCUGCCUCUCGUCCUUCCAGCUCUUCCGGUGCUCGCCACCCCAUGAGCGUUUUUCAGCCUCCGCAGAUACCCAUGCAUUUCCCGCCGGCCCCUCUCAACCUUUCGUCGGCGGUGCCUCGUCAACAACAAAUGGACUACCAGUCUCCGCCGCAGUCCGCUCCGCCUCUCCAGCAGACCGCACUCUCACCGUUCGGCCAUCCUCCACAGCCUUCGGGGACCUGGUCCGCCACGGCCGCCGGCUUCGCACCUCAACACACACUGCCGGUCCAGCAAAUGAACCCCGGGAUGGGUAUCAGCAUGAAGGACGUCGUCAUGGCCAGUGGUCCUCAGUCCUUUUCGUUACCUGCCGUUUUCGAUUCCCCUCCUCUGGCCCACAAUCAGGAGGUCGUCCUUCCUUCUUCGUCGGCUGUGCCGCCUUCAUUGCGACAGCAGGGCGUGCCCCGCAUCUCGCGCUCGGGCUCGAUGUCCAACCAGCAAGCGGCCGAUCCCUUCGCUUUCGGUCUCGCCGACAUCCCACAGCAGCGAGAAGAUCAGUGGCCGGACUAUCGUCAGUCGCGGCCCACGACCGCCAUCUCCCUGGGAGGUCCGAACGGAGAUUCCUCGCCCGAUUCGUACCAGGAUGAUGACGAUUAUGAGGGUUCGCCGGAUUAUCAGGGCUUCCGAGGUCGCGUGGGCAGUAUGGACAACGGCGGGGAUAUGUACAGUCGGCCGGGGACGAGCAGUCAUCGCGGGACGCUCACCUCGCAGCAGUCGAUGGAAAACUUCGGCCUUUUGUCUGGCGGUCAUGGGAACGAGGUCCCACAGGAGUAUCGCGCGGAGGUCGACCGUAUAUUCUUCGAGUUUUUGAACCGGAUAUGCUCAAAUCUUGACGCUACGGAUGCCAAGGGAGAGCCGAUCCACCAGACGCUAAUGGCCAAGAAGAUGCAGCGUCUGGACGAGUCACCCGAUUUCCGGCCUUUCAAAUUCCGCAUACAAGCGUUCACGAACGCAUUUUUGGAAGAGCUUGCUCGCCAAGGAUAUCCCGAAGACAAGAUACCCAUGAAAAAGAUUCGGAACUACCUCUGGAACUCGUCCUACAUCUCGCGUUUCAACGAGGACGGGAAGAAGGCAAAGUCAAAAGGCAAUCACAUCUGGAACAUCGACGCCAAAAAGGCCCCCGAGGGCUCCAGCUCCAGUGGUCGCGGCGGCGGCGGCGGGUGGAUCUUCAGACCGUUUCAUCGGAGGCUCGCCGGUAUGCCGCCCGGCGUCGCGUACGUCGGUCUGAGAUGGAGCUGGUCGCCACGGAUUUGGGAUCCACAGGCGUCGAGGAAUAAUUUGCCGGUGAAUUAUUCGUCGCCGGCGUUGCCGGGGUGGCUUGCUUGGCAGGGGGAUUGCCUUUCGGGGAUUCCGCCGCCGGAGGCGCAGAGUUGUGAUGUUACUGUUGAGGCUAGGUAUAUCUACGAUGGCCAGGAGGAGCUUCUUUCUCAGACGGUCCAUAUCAACAUCGCUCCGAUGUCGAAUGUGGACACGACGUUCACGCCUUCUCGUCGACCGUCGCUCGCUGGAGAGAAUGCUCGACGGAUCGCAAGCGAUAGUAUCGUGCCCCAGUCCACGCCCGUUCGUGUAUCGAACACGCUGCGCACACAGUCCAGCACGAGCAACCUCGUCCCAUCGCAGGACGCACAGGUCAUCCAAGUCCUCACCACCGCCGCCCAACGCGUCGCCCAAGAAGCCCAAUCCCAAGUCGUCUCCACCCGCAUGCCGAGCGAAGCGUCCGACUCCGAACUCCAAUCCCUCGCAAAACAACAGCACGUGCUGACCGUGACCGCCCAAGCCGUCGACAAGUCCGUCUCCGCCCAAGCGAACCUGAUCACCCAAUCCCCCUCCGUCCUCGCCGUCGCGGCGCAACAGGUCGUCCUGCAGGCCGCACGCUCCGUCGCCGCCGACCGGAACGCAGCGGCAGCGGCAAGUGGGCUCGGUGGUAGUCAGAAUUCGUCAGGACAUGGGUCGUCGGUGACGGUGAACGAGGUGUCGGUGGCGACGCAGUCGGCGGUGGCGCAGGCGGUGGAGAUCGCGGGGCCGUUGUCGAGCGAGGUGGACGUGCUGAUGACCGCGACGUCGUUGUUGCAGCAGCAGUCGAGGCAGCCGCCGGUCGCGGUGCCGGGUAUGGGCGUCGGCGUGAAUGGGAUGGGCGGGUCGGGGACACAUCCGCAGGCGAUGGCGGUUUCGCUGGAUCCGAUGCGUUCGCAGACGACGAGGCCUUAGAGUUGUGGCGUUGUGGGUGGUGUUGAGGUUGUUAUGUGAAUGUGUUUCUACUUUCUUCUUCUCUUUCUGUAGCUCUCGUUUUUCGCUUUUUCUUUUCUUUUCUUUAUUAGCCCCGCGGACUUCGUUUCUUUUCAACCAAUUAAUCCAAUCAAACGGCCUGCUUUGCCGUGUUUCUGUUUCUUUUCUGCUUUCUGCUCUACGACGACGAACUGAAUUUUCCUUUUUUACUAUUUUCACCUUCCACCCUUCCCCUACCUACUCACCACCCACUCGCUCACCCACCCACCCAUCCCAUCCCUAUCCCUAUCCCCGUUGCCGAAGACCUCCCUUACGGCUGGCCGCACCUCUUUUAAUUUUAAUUCUUCACUUUUUUUCCCUUCUUUUUUCGUUCUCGUUCUGUGGUCUAAGGCUCGAUUUUUCCCUCCUUUUUUCUUUUAUUUUGUUCUGUCUUGUUCGAUGCGAAUUUAUUUGCUUGCUUGUUCUUCUGUUCUUCUGCUCACGAACUCAAUCCAAUCCAAUCCAAUUCUUCACUCUCACUCUCACUCUCAUUGCAACCCACUCACUCACGCAGACACGCAGCUAUUCGUCCACUACCCCCCUCUUUCAAUUCCAAUUCCAAUUUCCAAUUUCCCACUGUCUACUAUCCACAAUCAUUUCACUCACUCACUCACUCACUCUUCAAUUGUCUCAAACUUCAAGCGUACGUUCCUUCACAAGUCCCCAAGUCCGGUCCGAGUCCGAGUCUCAGUUUUUUUCGCGUUUUCGCUUCUGGUACAAGCUUUCAGUUCCUUCGAUCCUUCCGUGUCCAAUUCCUUCGUGUCUAAUGCUUCCAAUCCACUCGCUGCGCUCGUUGCUCUGCAAUUCCCCUUCUCCUCUCUGAAUACCAACCUACCAUUAGCCCCGUUCCGUUUCCUUCCCCAUUCCCUGUCCCAUCCCAUUCCGUUCCAGAGUUCUGUUCCGUUCCACUACAUACAUACAAUCGUACAUGACCUUAAAUCGCUUGCGCUGUUGCUGUGCUGUG